AAGUUGGCGUGUACGGUGACUGACCCAACAUUUUCCGAAAUUCACCGCGCAGCGGAUCUAAACCGCAUCCGCACGCCUACCAGCCCCGACGAGCGAACGAAAGGAGGCCCUGCCGGUCGGAGGAGGAAAGGCGGCGGAGAAAUGGGGGAAGAGAGAGUGAAGGAGGAAGCUCUCGAGAUCAUCGGUGUGUUGCAAGCCCUUCCCCGAUUGGUCGUCUUCGAUCUAGACUACACCCUUUGGCCUUUCUACUGUGAAUGCUGCUCGAAAAGGGAAAUGCCGUUUCUUUAUCCACAUGCUAUGGGCAUACUGAAUGCCCUUAAGGAUAAAGGAAUAGACGUAGCAAUUGCUUCUCGAUCACCAACACCUGACAUAGCAAAAACAUUUCUUGAUAAAUUGGGUAUGCGAACUAUGUUUGUGGCCCAGGAAAUAUUUCCCAGUUGGACUCACAAGACAGAGCAUUUCCAGAGGAUCCAUAGGAGGACCGGUGUUCCUUUUAAGUCCAUGCUCUUCUUUGAUGAUGAGGGCAGGAAUACUGAAGCGGUAUCAAAGAUGGGAGUGACAAGUAUUUUGGUGGAUAAUGGCAUAAACAUUGAGAAAUUGAGGUUGGGACUGAGAAAAUUUGCACGUGCUUCUGUAUCAUUCAACAGGAACCAAGUGGAGUAAUCUGUUUUGGUCAAAGAUAUUUCAGGUGCAGACUUAUCAUUUGCUACAUGAACUUUAAUGCUACAAUCCAUGAUGUCAGCCUGCUUUAUCAGCAAGUACUGAAGUUCUAUUUCAUUGUUUCUCAAGAAUAUAUUAAAUUUCAAAUCAUACAUCUGCAUGAACUGAUUCAAGUUAUGUAAUGAUGGCCCUGCAAAUCUCAUGUACAUGGAUUGAUUCUUGUGCUAGAUAUACUGGUUAUAUGUUAAAUUUCAAAGCAUACAUGUACAUGGAUCGAAAAUGGUCAAUGAAGUCCGUGUAAAUGGAGAUCCCAGUUAGCUAGAACUCAAGCACAUGUGGUGCUUGAGACUGAUUUAAUCAAGAAGUGUAUUGGAUAGAAUGGGCCUAAUGUGCAUGUAUGCUUGUAUAUGGUGGAUCUUGUAUAUCGUAGUUACUGAUUUGAGAGAAGAGAGUAUUUGGUGGAUGGAAGUCUUAUCAAGUUGAUUGAUUUGAUAGUGCUUGGUAGAUGGACUGUAGAUGAACUAGUAUUUGAGCUUAAUAGAUGAAUUGUGGAGCUCCCC